AUGCCACCUUCGUCAUGCAAUGGCUACCAGAACAACGGGGUGAUGAUAGCCGCAGCAAGCGACGCCAUAUGGGGCAACAGGGCGGCGUGUGGGCGGAGAUAUAGAGUGAGCUGCAUUGAGCAUCAGCGUGCCGACACCAGGGUGCCGCAGCCAUGUCGAGGCCAAAGCGUGGUAGUGACGAUUGUGGACUACUGUCCUCCGGGUUGCCAAGGCACCAUUGAUCUCUCUCAAGAAGCUUUCUCCCAAAUUGCUGACCCAAACGCCGGCAAGAUCCGUAUUGAGUAUACCCAAGUUUGA